AUGGAGCACAUACAGGGGGCCUGGAAGACAAUUAGCAAUGGCUUUGGAUUCAAAGAUGCAGUGUUUGAUGGCUCCAGCUGCAUCUCACCUACAAUAGUUCAGCAGUUUGGCUAUCAACGCCGUGCAUCAGAUGAUGGCAAAUUCACAGAUUCUUCUAAGACAAGCAACACUAUUCGAGUUUUCUUGCCAAACAAGCAAAGGACAGUGGUCAAUGUGAGGAAUGGAAUGAGCUUGCAUGACUGCCUUAUAAAAGCCCUCAAGGUGCGGGGCCUGCAACCAGAGUGCUGUGCAGUGUUCCGACUUCUCCAUGAACACAAAGGUAAAAAAGCACGUUUAGAUUGGAAUACUGAUGCUGCCUCUUUGAUUGGAGAAGAACUUCAAGUAGAUUUUUUGGAUCAUGUUCCCCUCACAACACACAACUUUGCUCGGAAGACAUUCCUGAAGCUUGCCUUCUGUGAUAUUUGUCAGAAGUUUCUACUAAAUGGAUUUCGAUGUCAGACUUGUGGCUACAAAUUUCAUGAACACUGUAGCACCAAAGUACCUACCAUGUGUGUAGACUGGAGUAAUAUCAGACAGCUCUUAUUGUUUCCAAAUUCCAAUGUUGGUGAUAGUGGGGUCCCAGCACUGCCUUCUUUGACAAUGCGUCGAAUGCGAGAGUCUGUUUCCCGGAUGCCUGUUAGUUCCCAGCACAGAUACUCCACGCCCCAUGCCUUCACAUUCAACACUUCCAGCCCCUCCUCUGAGGGCUCACUUUCUCAGAGGCAGAGAUCAACGUCCACGCCUAAUGUCCACAUGGUCAGCACCACCUUGCCUGUGGACAGCAGGGUAAUAGAGGAUGCAAUUCGAAGUCACAGUGAAUCAGCUUCACCUUCACCCCUGUCCAGCAGUCCCAACAAUUUGAGUCCAACAGGCUGGUCACAUCCCCGAACCCCUGUGCCAGUACAGAGAGAGCGGGCGCCAAUCUCCGGGACCCAGGAGAAAAACAAAAUUAGGCCUCGUGGGCAGAGAGAUUCAAGCUAUUAUUGGGAAAUAGAAGCCAGUGAAGUGAUGCUCUCUACUCGAAUUGGAUCAGGAUCAUUUGGGACUGUUUAUAAGGGCAAAUGGCAUGGAGAUGUUGCAGUCAAGAUCCUCAAGGUUGUUGACCCAACACCAGAGCAGUUCCAGGCCUUUAGGAAUGAAGUGGCUGUCCUGCGCAAAACACGGCAUGUGAACAUCUUGCUCUUCAUGGGGUACAUGACAAAGGACAACUUGGCAAUUGUGACCCAGUGGUGUGAAGGCAGUAGUCUUUACAAACACCUGCAUGUCCAGGAGACCAAGUUUCAGAUGUUCCAGUUGAUUGACAUUGCCCGGCAGACGGCUCAGGGAAUGGACUAUUUGCAUGCAAAGAAUAUCAUCCAUAGAGACAUGAAAUCCAACAAUAUCUUUCUCCAUGAAGGCCUAACUGUGAAAAUUGGAGACUUUGGUUUGGCAACAGUAAAGUCACGAUGGAGUGGUUCUCAGCAGGUUGAACAGCCCACUGGCUCAGUCUUGUGGAUGGCCCCAGAGGUUAUAAGAAUGCAGGACAAUAACCCAUUCAGCUUCCAGUCAGACGUCUACUCCUAUGGCAUUGUAUUGUAUGAGCUGAUGACGGGGGAGCUUCCAUAUUCUCACAUCAACAACCGGGAUCAGAUCAUCUUCAUGGUUGGUCGAGGGUAUGCCUCCCCAGAUCUUAGUAAGCUAUAUAAGAAUUGCCCCAAAGCGAUGAAGAGGCUGGUAGCUGACUGUGUGAAGAAAGUUAAGGAAGAAAGGCCUCUUUUCCCCCAGAUCUUGUCUUCCAUUGAGCUCCUCCAGCACUCUCUACCAAAAAUCAACCGGAGUGCUUCUGAGCCAUCCUUGCACCGGGCUGCCCACACUGAAGACAUCAAUGCCUGCACAAUGACCACAUCCCCCAGACUGCCUGUCUUCUAG